UCAAAAAAAAGGUGAGUGAGACUAGAAGAGCAAGAGCGGGUGGUGUACGUGGGGAAAGGAGUUAUUUAUUGUCUAUUACCCAACAAUCUAUACCUUGAACAGAGCACGGGCAAUAGUGCUGCCCUAUACUUCGGGAAGGCUCCGUCCUCAACUCUGCAUUAGUCUCCCAUCCAACCUGGUGGUUUCGAUCAGUAUCGCUCUCAUAAGGUUGGAGGUUCAGCAGGCUAUCUGGUCCUUUUCUUUCCCAGUUCCCCUCUUUCCCCACCCUCCUACAGGCUUGUCGGAGCAAUGCCGCAAGCCUCGGAAGCAAAAAACGCUCAACAUGGACCAUUUGGGAAAGAGCCUUCAAUAAUGGAGAAGGAUGAUGGCUUUCAAAUCAAACGUUCCCCUUCUUCACCCCAGGGUGGGCCCAAGAAGAGAUCAGCUUUUGAAGACCUCACAAAUGCUAAACAAGGUCAAGAUCUGGUUUCAAAGAAAAAACCUGGGAAGGUCGUGGGUAAGAAAACGCAAAAAAGUGUCAUUGCACAAGAAACAUUAAAAAACGAAGAGAAUAAUUUAAAAAGUACAGGACCUAAAGCUUCUUUGGAGCAUCAGGACAAUGCAGGAGAACAGAAAAUAUGUAAGGUGCCAGCACCAUCAGAGGAAAAAGCAGCUGAUGUAAAUAAAUCAGCAGACCUGAAGUUGCCUGCCUAUGAUGAAGUUGAUGAAGAGAAUUUGAAAGACCCAUUCCUGAAUGCAAUCUAUGCAAAUGAUAUAUUCAACUAUAUGAAGGAGAGGGAGAAACAAUUUGUUCUAAAAGGCUAUAUGGAAAAGCAACCAGACCUAAACAUUGAGAUGAGGGGAAUUUUGGUCGACUGGAUGGUUGAGGUACAGGAAAAUUUUGAACUGAAUCAUGAGACUCUGUACCUAGCAGUUAAGCUAGUGGAUCAUUACCUGGCCGUGGCAGUGUGUAUGAGAGAAACGCUACAACUUCUGGGUUCCACUGCAAUCCUCAUUGCUGCAAAGUUUGAUGAACGCUGUCCUCCCUGUGUGGAUGAUUUCUUGUACAUUUGUGAUGAUGCAUAUCAAAGGGAGGAACUGCUUUCAAUGGAGGUGAACAUUCUCCGAACCUUGAAGUUUGAUAUCAAUAUUCCUGUGGCCUAUCGAUUCUUGAGAAGAUAUGCAAAGUGUGCGAGAGCUAACCUCGAGACAUUGACGCUUGCUCGUUAUAUCUGUGAGUUGACCCUGCAGGAAUAUGAGUUUAUCUGGGAGAGUGCUUCUAAAUUAGCAGCAUCCUGCCUGCUGCUGGCCCUAAAGAUGAAAGAGCUUGGAGGAUGGACUCCAACUCUGGAACAUUACACUGGAUAUCACAUCACUGACUUGCACUCACUGGUGAGGAGACUAAACCUUUUACUUUACAGUAAGCCGGAUGAAAAGUUGAAGGCUGUGCGGUACAAGUACGCUCACAAGGUAUUCUUUGAAGUAGCAAAAAUUCCACCUGUCGAUGUACUGAAGUUAGAAGACGAGUUGAAGGAGGAUACAUGAUCAAAUGAAAUCCAGACAGCUGGGAAAGUGGUGUUGUAUCAUCUGCAGUCAUAAAGCUGAUCUUGUGUUGUGUAUAUAGUGUAUAAAUACUUGUAUUGCUUUACUGUACCUCUGCUAAGCAGAAACAAUUGUGUAAUUAAUCAUAAUUGUCACUUUUAUAAUGUAACUAACAAAUUCAAAGUACCUGAAUACCAAAAUCUCUAAGACAGAAAGAGGCUGAUCAGAUCAAAACAGCAAGUUCAACAGUUUUUUUUUUCCUGCCCCAAUUUAAAACUUUGAAUGUAGAGUAAAUGACAAUUAGCAGUUGGCCUGUGAAAAAUGUGGCACAGCCUGUCUCUCUUUUUUAUUUCCCAGAAGAACGUUUAAAAUUUAAAUAGUCAUAAUAUAUUAGACAUUUGAUUUCUUAAACUUCAAGUUUAAAAAAGUAACUUCUUAACAUUAUAGAUUAAAGAUAACUAUUUAAAAAAUAUUGUUUUUGUUGAAAGAAUUAAGGUACUAAGUGUCCUGCUCUUAGCAACAUAUGAUGUUCUGUUCCUCUACCAUGUGAGUGAAAUUGUUCCUUUCUUUGAACUGAAAGUAAAUUUUUCACUUUACUUGCGCCACCUGCCAACAUUCCCCCACGCACCACCCCCACCACACGUGCCGCCCUUCUCUCGCCGCCCCCCCCCC